CAACCUGACAUCGACACUGUGGCAAAAUUUUUAUGUUUUGUUGUGAUUUUUAAUUUUCUCAAACGAAAAUUUUCAUAUUUUCUUUGCUAAUUUUGGAUUGAAUUGCAAAUUAAAUUCAUCCAAUAUGCAAUCAAACGAUGAUAUGGAUUCUUUAGUCGCAGCAGCAUCAACAGAAUUAUGUUUCGAUAAAAAUGAAUUCAUGAAAACAAACUUCUCUGUUGAUGAAUUCCUCCAUCGAAAUCGCAAUGCACCUAGCCUCGAACUCCUCCGUGACAAUCUUGGAGUUUACUUAAAAGUCCUACGAUCUUCUAUGAUUGAUUUAAUCAACGAAGACUAUGCUGACUUUGUUAGCUUAUCGGCAAAUCUUGUCGGCUUAGAUCAAUCAAUUGGAGCUAUUCGCAAGCCUUUAGAAGUCUUUCGUGAAGAAAUUCUAAGUAUUAAAGACUUGAUUAAUGAAAACGAAAAAGAAGUAAGUGGUUAUUUGAAACAAAAGAAUGAUUUGCGUAUUCUUAAAAGAAAUCUUCAAAGUUUGAAGAAAGUCUUUGAAACUAUGUCAAAGUUAGAAGAGUUGCUAACGAAUAAGUUGAAUACUGAUAACAUCAAACCCGUUGAUUUAGAAAGAGCUGCUUUAGAGCUUAUUCAAUUGAAAUUCAACAAAAAGUUCUGUGAAGAAUAUUUGACCAAUGAACAACUUGAAAAGAUUGUAACUUUGAAUGAGGAAAUCUUAAAGAAAUUGAGACUUCUUUUCAAUUCAACUCUCAAGACAUCGACUAGCACAUCGAGUGAAAGUCUUGAAAGAUGUCUUCGAAUUUAUAUAACUCUCGAUGCUUGUUCUGAAGCCGAAUUGGUAUUUAAAGAAGACAUUGUAGGUCCUUAUAUGAGCAAUACAAUCUCUGAACAGCAUCUGCAGAAUUCCCCUCAAGGCUUAGCCGGGAUUUACAAUAAAGUUCUUAACUUUAUCUCGUUGCACAUGACUGACUUACUUAGAAUAACACAAUAUUCUGAUAAAAUGAAAGGUUUUAAUUUCUUAGUCAAUAGCUUUUGGAGUGAUGUUGAACAACGCCUCGAAGCGCAUAUGUCUUCGAUCUUUGCUCCUGGCAAUUCGGAAGUUUUCUAUGUAAAAUAUAAAUGUACUAGAGAUUUCAUUCAGAAAAUUGAAGAAAUUCUCCAAAGCGACGAGUCGAUUCAAUUGUUUCGACAACAUUCGCAAACUAAAAGUUUCCAUUCUCGAUGGAAUUUGCCGGUUUAUUUUCAAAUUUGUUUCCAAGAAAUUGCUGGUCAAUUUGAGGCUGUUUUAGAUCCAAUUCUUGAUGAUAGUAAGGUCUCAGAUGGGGGUGAAUUUCAUUUGAUUCCUUUUAAUUCGGCUUUAAAAGCCAUUGAUAGAUGCUGGUCAGAUGGUGUAUAUCUCUAUGAGGUAUUUCCAAAAUUCUUUAAACUUACUAUUCAAAUUAUUUUGAGGUUGUCGCAUUGGAUUAAUGAUGCUAUAACUGCACUUAAAAGGAAAGAUUUGUUUUUGAAGAUAUCAAAGACAAAUAUGAUGGUAUUUUUGUAUGCAGAUACGACCAAAUUCAUUGAAAAGCUGCCUUAUGUUCUUGGUUUGCUUUCAUCGAAUAUCACAGAGAAUAAUGAUGUUCUUAGUGAUUCCAUGGAUGAUGUUAAAGAGACUCUGCAAGUACAUUUAGCUGAGAUAGAGAAAGCCCUGAUUGAUAUUUUGACUGUUGAGAGUAUAGAAAGUAUCCAACAAGUCAAUGAUUUGCCACGUUUGUAUAGAAAAACCAACAGAGAUGUUCCCACUCGUAAUUCUGGGUAUGUGGAACAGAUGUUGAAGCCGGUGAAGGUUUUUCAAGAUGGAUUAGGUGAUAAACUUGAUGAAUAUAUUGUUCAAAGAAUUCUGGAGCAAGUUUUUAUUCGAAUUACCAAAGAGUACUACCAAUCAGUAACAGAAGUACUAACAUCAGUUCAAAAGACUGAAGAGUCUUUGAGACGUUUAAAGAAUCUUAAAGAAAAAACAGCAAAUCAACAACCGUCAGCAGGUGGUGCAAUGUCUGAUGAUGAUAAGAUACGAUUACAAUUGCGGGUAGAUGUUGGUGCAUGGACAAAGGAAUUGGCCAAUUUGAAUUUUAUGCCAACACAAAUUGAUAAAUUGUUGGAUUUAAAUAAUAUGGUUGAGGAAACGAUAAAAUUGAGAGAUGCUCAGAGUUAGUCCUUAAAAAUGUAUAAGCAAAUAAAUAUUAUUGUGAUUGUUUUCAUGUUUAUCAAUUAAUUAAAUAAAAUUCUUAAAAAGUGAAAAUGUUAA